AAAAAUCCACUCUGCCUUUCUGUUACACAUCCUCAGCAUCAAAUCUUUACACAUUCUAGGGGAUCAUGUCGGUGUCUCGUCAAACAACAUACUCCAUUGGAACCAAAAAAGGUUUCAGUGCUGCCUCAGCUGUCCCAUCAGGUGCUAACCGCUCGGGCUUUAGCACCCUCUCUGUCAGCCGCUCUGGUGGUGGAGCAGCAGGUGCUGGUCGUUCUAGCUAUGGUGGCUUUGGAAGCAGAAGUCUCCAAAAUCUAGGAGGAAGCAAAAGAAUUUCCAUCAGUUCUCAGUCUCGUCAUGGAUACGGUUCUGGGUAUGGUGCUGGUAGUGGAGCUGGCUUUGGUGGAGGACUGGGUUCUGGAUUUGGUGGUGGCCAAGGAUUUGGCGGUGGCCUUGGGUUUCCAGUGUGCCCUCCUGGAGGAAUCCAAGAAGUUACUAUUAACCAGAGCCUUUUAGCUCCUCUGAAUUUGGAAAUUGACCCAAACAUUCAAAGAGUUCGCACAGAAGAAAGGGAACAAAUUAAGACCCUUAACAACAAAUUCGCCUCCUUUAUUGAUAAGGUCCGAUUUUUAGAGCAACAGAACAAAGUACUUGAAACCAAAUGGAGCCUCUUACAAGAGCAAGGUGUUAAGACAAUUAAAAGUAACAUUGAACCCCUCUUCGAAACCUAUAUUAAUAACUUGAGAAGGCAACUAGACAGCUUGGGAAAUGACAAAGCCCGUUUGGAAGCAGAACUAAGACAAAUGCAGGAUGUUGUUGAAGAUUUCAAGGUCAAAUAUGAAGAUGAAAUUAACAAGCGCACAGCUGCAGAGAAUGAAUUUGUGGUGCUGAAGAAGGAUGUGGAUGGUGCCUACAUGAACAAGGUGGAGCUGGAGGGCAAGGUGGAUGCUCUGACAGAUGAAAUCAACUUCCUAAGAGCUCUCUUUGAAGCGGAGCUCAACCAGAUGCAGGCACAGAUCUCAGAUACUUCAGUCGUUUUGUCCAUGGACAACAACAGAGCUCUGGACCUGGACGGUAUCAUUGCCGAAGUUAAAGCUCAGUAUGAAGAGAUUGCCAACAGAAGCCGGGUAGAAGCAGAGUCCUGGUAUCAAUCAAAAUACGAGGAACUACAAGUUUCUGCUGGAAGACAUGGUGAUGAUCUGAGGAACACAAAGACUGAAAUCUCUGAGCUAAAUCGCAUGAUUAACAGACUUCGCUCUGAAAUCGACAAUGUGAAAAAACAGUGUGCCAAGCUGCAGAGUGCAAUUGCUGAGGCUGAGGAACGUGGAGAGCUUGCACUGAAGGAUGCCAAAAACAAGUUGGCAGAGCUGGAGGAAGCUCUGCAGAAGGCCAAGCAGGACAUGGCUCGCCAGCUGCGAGAAUACCAGGAGCUGAUGAAUGUGAAACUUGCUCUGGAUAUUGAAAUCGCUACCUACAGGAAACUUCUAGAAGGAGAGGAGAGCAGGUUGGCUGGAGAAGGUGUCGGAGCUGUAAACAUCUCUGUUGUGAGCUCUUCCUAUGGAAGCAGCGGUGGAGCUGCACAUGGUUUUGGAGGAGGAAGUGGAUUUGGAGGAGGAAGUGGAUUUGGCGGUGGAAGCGGUUUUGGCAGUGGAAGCGGUUAUGGCAUCGGUGGUGGAAGUGGAUAUGGUUCUGGCAUUGGCGGAGGUUAUGGUGUAGGAGGUGGAAGCUUCAGCUCAAGCAGUGGAAAAGGGGGCAGCUCAAGUGUCAAAAUUGUGUCAAAAACAUCCACAAGCUCCAAAAGAUAUUAAAAUUCCAAAACUAUUGCUAUGUUGGUGACAGAAGCUUUAGAGGUCCUGAGAAACUUAUGGCUGUAGUCAAAAGGGUCUUGACACAUACCAUAAGUGUUCUUUUUUAAGAAGUUACAAUGUUGAGGUUAAUAUGUAAGCAUCACAUGUUUGUGUUUUACUGCAGUCUUUCAUCUGCUUUACUUAAGCAUUGUAGAUAGAUAGAUACAAGCCACAAAUUAACCUCUGUCACCAGGUGCAAAUUUGAAGGCUCCCUGAUAUUGCUCACUCAACAAAUAUCUGCAUUACUAGGUUGAGUAAACUCUAUGGAACAUAAUGUCACCCAGUAACCAUGUAUCAAACAUUACUUUCUUAUUUGACAAAUGGUCUAAAGUGCACCCUGCUUUUCUAUAAACCAGAACAUGCAAUUUAGUUGAUGCUUUACUUUUAUGUUCCUCUGAAACAAAUGUAUUGUCUUCAAUUCUUCAAUAAACUGCAAUCAUCUUGA